AUGUAUCCUCCACAGAAAGUUGGUUUUUCGAAUCCACAGGUGAAUCGGCUGUCCCAUCGAUACCAACAGGAGGUGCCUCCGCAAGAUCCAGUUCAGCAGCCAGCUAUGGCUGAACAAUCCGUCGUUCUUCAGUCGCAACAGCUUGCAGCGCGGCAUGUAGUUGGGAAACAGUUGCCCAGAUUCGAUGGCAACCCAAUCGACUGGCCUAUGUUCAUCAGUAGCUAUGAACAGUCGACCGCUGCUUGCGGCUACACAAACGCUGAAAACCUGAUUAGGCUUCAGCAGUGCCUGACUGGACACGCGAAAGAGUCGGUCUGCAGUAAACUUCUGCUGCCAGAGAGCGUGCCUCACGCUAUCGAGACACUGCGUAUACGCUACGGUCGACCAGAGCUGCUACUCAAAUCGCUCCUCGAAAAGGUUCGUCGUACACCAGGUCCAAAACAAGAUAAAUUGGAAACGGUUAUCGAGUUCGGUUUGGCAGUUGGCAAUUUUGUCGAUCAUCUCCGGGCGGCGCAGUUACAGCAACAUCUCACCAACCCCAUGAUGAUGCAGGAGUUGGUAGAUAAGCUCCCAGGCUCGAUGAAAAUGGAGUGGGGUUCCUUCAAGGGCCAACAACCAUUGGCAGACUUAGAGACCUUUGGGCGCUUCAUGGAAAAGCAGGUCAACGCAGCGAGUGCGGUGAGCUUCGAGCUUCCAGUCCACGAGAAAACGUAUAAGCACGAAAAGCAGAAAGGAAGGGAGAGUGCCGGGAUCCAUGCACAUUCGCAAAGCGAUAGUCCAAGCAAUAAACCGAAUUCGUCAGGACAACCUCGGAAGCCGACUAAAAUCUGUGGUGUCUGUACUCGCGAAGGUCACAGGGCGGCGGAUUGCUCUCAGUUUAAAGAGCUGAACGUCGACGAGCGGCCUAACUUUAUACACCACACUACCCAUACACCUUCAACGAAAGCCUUGUUCCGCAUACUGCCUGUCAUCCUAUACAACGAAGGCAGAAGCGUGUCGGUAUUCGUUUUCAUCGACGAAGGUUCGGAAAUCACACUGCUGGAAGACAACGUUGCGAAGCAGCUGGGUGUAAAAGGUCCCGUGAAAGCUUUAACUCUCCAGUGGACAGGUAACGUUAAGCGGAAUGAGUCCAGGUCCCAGGAGGUGAAGUUGGCAAUAUCAGGGAAGUGUGGUUCUGAGAAGUUCGAUCUUCGUCAAGCCAGGACAGUCAGCUGUCUAUUUCUGCCCAGUCAGCAGCUCAACUACGGAGAAUUGUCUCAGCGUUUCCCACACCUCCGCGGUCUCCCAAUGGAGAGUUAUGAAAAUGUUCAGCCGAAGCUUCUGAUCGGCUUGGAUAACCUUCGUCUAGGCGCUCCACUGAAACUUCGUGAGGAUGGACCGAACGAUCCAAUUGCUGCAAAGUGUCGCCUAGAUUGGACCGUUUAUGGGUGUUCUGGUGUCAGAGGAGAAAACGCAGCUUUGGUUAAUUUUCACACCGUGGAAGCUGCGGAUACGGAUCACCUAUUGAACGAGCAGUUGCGAGAUUUUUUCACCUUGGAGAAUGACGGCCUCUUCAAUCGCAACGAAACCCUAGAAUCGGAGGAAGAUAAACGAGCGAGGAUGAUUCUCGAACAGACGACUCGACACAUUGGUGACCGUUUCGAGACGGGACUUCUAUGGCGAACAGAUAAUCCAGAAUUCCCUGACAGCUACCCGAUGGCGACUAGACGACUGGUGGGAUUGGAAAGGAAAUUUGCCAAACAGCCGCAGCUCGGAGAUCGAGUACGUGAACAGAUUCAUGACUACGAGCGUAAAGGCUACGCGCACAGGGCGACUCAAGCGGAGCUGGACUCAGUGGAUCGCAGCCGAUUGUGGUUCCUGCCGUUAGGAGUAGUUCAACAUCCCAGAAAGCAGAAAGUUCGGUUGAUUUGGGAUGCCAAAGCUACAGUGGGAUCUGUCUCCUUCAAUUCUAAACUCCUAAAGGGUCCUGACCUGCUGACACCAUUGCUCGCCGUACUCAGCUCCUUUCGCCAAUUCCCGGCAGCCGUGUGUGGUGAUAUACGGGAAAUGUUCCACCAGAUUAAAAUCAGGGAACAAGACCGUCUCUCUCAGUGCUUUCUGUGGCGUGACACUCCGUCAGGAGAUAUCAAAAUAUACGUGAUGGAUGUUGCGACGUUUGGGUCUACAUGUUCGCCCGUAUCAGUCCAAUUUGUAAAAGACUUAAACGCCGCAGAGUUUUCCGAGCAAUAUCCACGAGCUGCGGUCGCCAUCACCAAGCACCACUACGUGGACGACUACCUGGACAGCUUCCAGACAGUCCAGGAAGCUACAGAAGUCGUGAAUGAGGUGAAACUCGUUCAUUCAAAAGGAGGAUUCGAACUUCGUAAUUUCCUGUCCAACUCUGGGGAAGUUCUGCAAGGUAUCGGGGAAAAAUCAGGAGAUCCAAUAAAGGAAUUGGCCUUGGAGAGGGCUGAAAACACGGAAUCGGUUUUGGGGAUGAAAUGGAUGCCCAGUGUAGACUGCUUCACGUACACCGUCAACUUUCGUGAAGAUCUCCAAUGGAUUCUCAACCGCAACCACGUUCCCACGAAACGUGAAAUACUUCGGGUCGUUAUGAGCCUGUUUGACCCGCUAGGCCUGGUCUCUUUCUUCCUCAUUCAAGGAAAGGUCCUCCCCUCAUCCAAGGAAUUUGGGCCUCUGGAACAGGUUGGGACGAACCGAUCAACGAAAACCACAUUUGACAAUGGCGCCAAUGGGUGGAUUGUUUCGAUCAGUUGGACACAUUAA